AUUACGGGCCAAGCGCUGAUGCGAACUUUGUGAAGCUCGGGCUUUACGCUGAAGGGCACAGUGGUUGGAGUGCGCUGGCGUUCGCUGGCAACGGUGGCAUGAAGGGAGCCCAACAGUUUGUGGUGCGGCAAGAGGGCGGCGCUUGGGUAGCCGAGGAACGUUACUCCACAGACUACGCACUUCCACUACUGAGACGCAGGACCUGACCUUGAUCUUCGCCGGCGAGGAGAACGGCGGGACUGCGUGGGGGCUGCUGCUGCCUCGGACCUCCUGCGGUGCCGGAGACAGGUACCCCGUGGAGGACGUGACCCGCUGGAUGCACUGGGCACUGGGCAGUUCCCACAGCUUCGCAUACCACGGCAGUCAGCGUGGCCAGUUUCAUGCCAACUUACUGUCGGGGCCUCCGACGCUUCCGGAUCUGAGCGGCCUGGACGAGGUUGACCUGUUGAUGCCAGAUGUCGACGUGGUGCUCGGGGAGGGAGGCACUGAUCCUACGAACCCGUACGUAUGCGGUAUAUUCGACCUCGCACAAGUUCUGCCUGCCAACAGGAAUGUCACCGAUAAGCACCAUGUUGUUAAGUUCGCGCCGAAGUUGUCCGCGAGCAGCGAGCAGUAUGUCCAUCACAUUAUCCUGUAUGGAUGUGAAAACGCUGCCUCAUACGGUGUAUCUUUGUCGCACAAUCAGGUAAUCGGUGAAUGCGAGAGCAUGCCGAAAGGUUGCGGCGCAAUGAAAUGGCCCUGGGCUGUUGGGAGUGAAGACGUUGUAUUUCCUGAAGAUGUGGGCAUGCCGUUUGGUGAGAAUUUGCGCUGGCUGGCACUGCAGGUGCACUACUACAAUCCACAAUUGGACGCAGGCGUCAAGGACAGCAGCGGCGUCAUGCUGAUUUUUAGCGACGCCCUUCGCACCAACGACGCUGCAGUCUUCGACCUCAACGGGGGCACCCACCAUUCGCACCGCGAUCCACUGCCAGCUGGCCAGGACGAUAUCGCUCUGAGCGCCACUGUGGUUCCAAAAGAGUGCACGAACGCUUGGGACGUACCGAGUAUCAACGUGUUGGGUGUGGUUUACCAUGGCCAUCUUGUUGGCAAGAGUUUCAACAUUGAUGUCACCAGCAGCGUGGACGGAAGCUACCGUGGAAUGCUCCGCAGCGAAAAGAGGUACGACUUCAACCACCAGAGCCUUGAGCCGAGCUUGCUGAAGACGAUUUCUAGAGGGGACGAACUAACGUUCACAUGUAAGUAUGAUACUUCCUCGAGGACGGAGCCUACUGAGUUCGGGGAGCUCACGCAGAACGAAAUGUGCUGGUCUGCAUUCACUUAUUAUCCUGCCCAGGCGAUGACAUCGGCAAUGAUGCAGGGAGCUUCUCACAUCCAGUGUGCGAGUCUGGGGUCGCUCUCUUAUACUGCGCCCGUGGUGGCUCCCCCUGCGUGCACGCCAUCGGGCGAUUUGGGUUCAAGCGAUGCCAGCAACAUUCUAAGCAGCAUGACGGCCGACCUUCCAAUGUCGUGGGUUCCACAGACAGACGUAGUGUCGCCAGCUCCGACGUGCUUUUGCUUACGUCCGGUGAUCACCGCGCUUGUUCUGCACUGUCUUCUUAUGUGAGCGCACAGUGUAGUUUGCUUGCUUGCUGGCUCCGUCCCUGUUCCCCCCUUCCCCCUUCCGCAACGUCGUACCCAUUAGUUUGCCAGACGUUCAGCGCAGCACUUGCGCCUGGCGGUCAUAAACGGUUGCCAGUUGCCUCCCUUCCUUCAAUGCGGCCACAGCAGUUUGGCAAGGUUGAGCAGCGAAGCCGCAUUCGAUUUCUUUCCUUAGCGACUUCUUCGGAUAGCUCGAUGCUCGAUACUCCGCCUCGCGCGCCGGGGACAUCGAAUUCUGGCACCGCUGUAUCACCCAGUGGCCACACCAACCUCACUAUGGGCAAACUGAUCGUAUGACCGCUUCAUGCUGGGGCUCUCAAAGGCAGAGCACCCGUGUUUGGUAAAUCCCUUUGCGAUUUACAUGGUUCGCUUUGUGUCUUGCGCUGGAGGCGCACGCGCUGCGUUUUUCCUGGAAGCGGCGUGGGCCAAUCUCUUUUAGGAUGGUAAUAUGUGCCCGGUGCCAAUUCUGAAGGGGGCCCAGUGGAUUUCCGUUCGAUACAAAAUGAGGUCAAGUCCAAUUCGGCGUGGAAAAUAAACGUUUCGCGCGCGCCCGCUCGAGGAAUGUGCGCACCCCAUUUCGGAUCCUCGACAAAUAAUGGGGUCUGCAGACACCCGUUUUCCCUUGUAAUGACCUUGUGACGUACCCAACUCUCUCUAUAC